CCCUGGAGCUAGGGAGCAGGCGGCCCACCCACUGGGAGCAUGGCGAAGCCCCUUGCGGGGGAAGGCGGGGGUGCCCCAUUGGGUCCCUCCCCGUCUGCUGCCCCUGGCCCCAGGGAGCACAAAGGCCUGCAGACCUGAUGCGCAGACCAGCCAAGCCGACCCCGCCUGUUGUUUCUCCCCUGCCCAGGGGCUGCCCAUGCCAAGGUCAUGGCGGUGAGCUCUUAGGAGAAGAGACUGUGUCUUCCUAUGCACCGGGACAGCCCCUGGUGCUUCUUCAGUGCUACUGUAAUACGAGAAUAUGGCAAAUAAAAAGAUGGAAAUAUUCUCCCCUCUGGAAGCUGUGCAAAUCUGUGCUGCGCUGGAGGACUGUCUCGAUCAGCUUGCUAUUCUUGGAUAUAUUAUGCCAGUUUCCUAUGAGGGCAGGACAGACAUCAGCAAUAUUGAUGCCCAAGAAAUUAGUGAAAUCGUCAAGAGCCAGAAGGAGUUGGGGGUUAAGUUUGAACAUCUCAUGUCAGCAAGGUCAGAGAACAGGCCAACAGUUCCCUCCGAGUCACUGAAGUUCACAGAACUGGGGCAGCAGCUGCAAGAGACAAGUGGAGAUCUAAAAAGGGCCAAUCAUCUUUUUAGUAGGGCUGCAAAACAGAGUGCUGUGUCCUCCGAUAACCUCAGAAAAGUUCAAGCUGAUAGGCAGUACGCGAGCGAUGUGAUUGCAGAAACUCUGCAGGAAAUGCAGAUUUCAGGAACGUUUCAGAGUCUGCUGCAAGCUGUGCGGAGAGAGGAGGAGAGGAAGUCUAACUUCUACACCACCAUCACCAGGGAGGAGGAAGGAAGGAAGGAGAUAAAGUCCCUCCAGAAACGGCUGCAAGAUGUCAAGAAAGAAAAGGAAUUAGAACUUCAGAACCGGAAUGAGAUGAUUGCAUACCUCAAAGACCAGCUUCAAGAGAUGAAGGCCAAGACAGACAUGGAGAGCCGCUAUUUGAAGAAAGACACAGAGCUCCAGGUCUACCAGACCCAGAAAAAGUGCAGCAACUCAGAGAGUGACCUGUUCAAUGAAAUUGAGACGCUGAGGAUCAAAAAUGAUGAGGAGAUUAGAGUCCACGUGGAGAUUGAAAAUUUCCUCAGGCAACAACAGAUGAAGUUGGAAGAGAAGCUAGAAUACUGGAUGGAGAAGUAUGAAAAGGACACGGAAGCUAAACAGCAAGAACUGAACACUCUGAAAGCAUCCAAGGCAAAUGAUUUAGCAGCACUGCAGGAACUAGCCAAGCAGUGCCAGUUAUUUGAACAAGUCAUCAUCGAGGAUCGGGUGGAAAAGGAGGCAGCAAGAAGGAAGGUAGAGCAGGAUGCGUUGGAAUUAAAGAGCGUCAAGAAGCUACAGGCCUGGUGGAGAGGCACAAUGGUCCGCCAUAACAUCGGCCCCUAUAAGGCCCUCAAGAAGUCUAAAGAGGACGAGCCAAAGGGCAAAGACAAAGGGAAAAAGGGAAAAGCUGGAGCUAAGAAAAAGAAGUGAUGGCCAUAGACUCCUGCUCUCAUUAGACCCCCAGGGCCCUGGACGUUUGGGCUCUCGUCAGGGAGGAACACGGGCUUGUGUGCACAGAGUAGAAAUAAAGCCCUCAGCAGCGUU